AUGACGGCUAGCGCCUCGGUGCCGCUCCCCCCGGGGGUCGGCCGCUACCCUCUUGUCGACGUGCUCGAGGCGGAAAUCACCGCCACCGCCGCUACCAGUCUCCAUCCCCAGGUGCACCAGAUGGUCCAGGUGUUCCUCAAGUAUCUCCGCGAGCCCCGGUUCCAGGCGCCGUUGACGAUGCCCCAGCUAUCCCAGCUCUUUGCCCUGUGGAACCGCGACCUCGCCCUGGUGGUGAUUGGCCUCUAUACGCUGUCAAACAGCUUGAAGAAGCUGUUGAUCGCCCAGCUGGAGUACAUCAAUGCUCAUCCGAAAGUGUUUGACUAUUUGCUUGCCAUUGCCAACUACAGCGCCCUGCUGAUUAAACUCCUUAAACGUCACGAUGCCGACGCGCUCUACCAACUCCGGGUGUUCAAUUUCUAUAAGUUCUACACCGUGUGGGCGCAAAUACGCCAGGCCCAGCACGUGUUGUAUACUCUGGUGUUGGGAGAUGCGGUGACUCCUCUGGCUCGCAUGAAACGGGCUCUAAAAGAACAACGCGACGACGCUCUGUCAGUGCAAUCUGAAGACGAUACCCUUUACGCAAAAGUGUUACGCUUUGACCAGCGCGAUAUCAUCCACCAGGAAUUCUUUGACGAGAAAAUCGCCAUUUUACGCCAGCAUAAGUUGCCGUGGACGGCGUUCAUCCAUCUGGAGACGUCAGACCAGCACGAUAAGCUCGAUAAGUUCUUCUCCGAGGUUACCGAUGAUGACAUCGCGGCAUUACAAACGCAAUUGGACGUGAUGGCGGCGGCCAAAACUCCCAGCACUAAGCUUUUGGCCGUAGUGGGGCUCAACCGCCAACUUGUCGAGUUAUUACGCCACCACGGAUUCGCUAACGCCGAAAUCAACAACGAUAUUUUACUUCCCGUGCUCAUCUAUUUAGUGGUGACGAGACUCGAGCCACAGGACUUAGUGCUCAACUUCCAUUUCAUCAAAAAUCUCGGCUACCAGCUUGACCCUUACCGCAUCGAGUUGUACCUGGUUCCCGGAGUGCUGCUGAGUCUCACUACUUACCAGCCUCAGGAUAAAAUCAACAAGUCUCAGCUCCAUAAACACCGCCUCCAGAAUUUGUUUGAGCUCUGCAACAUGCACCCCGAAGUGGACGCCGAUACACCUGAGCCCGCAGUAGCAGUGGACCUGGAGUUCGAGUUCUGCCCCACCACUGCGGCCCUUAUUUCCUUCAUCACCGACAACUACCUCAACAACGGCGAGCUCAUGUACUACCUCACCAACUUGGAGGCGUUAGUGAUGUUUUUGUCCAACGUCACCAUCGACGAACUCUCGGAUAAGCCGCCCGAACUGACAUCCCCUUUAAUGGUCCACCCCAUUUCCAAGUUGGUUGAAGAUGAUAUGAUGCUGCAUUUUGCCUUCCCUAAGGGAACGUUAGCCGAGGAAGAGCUUGCCAACGGUACUCUGCUGCCGAAGAAGUCCCCCAGGCUGUCGCCUAACCGCCUGAGAUCGCUGUCGUUGAUGCAGAGCAUCACCAACCGCAUUGGCGACGCCACCACUCGCAUUUUGAAUGAGAACGGAUCACUGUCCCGCCAGAACCUGAACCCUAAUCGAGAACUGCAAGGGUCUAACGAUUUCGGGCCGCGGGAUCUGCCGAUGAAGGAGCUGUUCCCCCUCCUCACCAACGACGGAGACCUGGGUGUCCUACUGGUGCUGAGCGAAAACUUGAACCAGGACGAUACCCUGCUGUUCCUGAUGAUGCGGUCAUUUCUCGGCCGACUCAACUCGGUAUCACAAUUCCUGCUUGCUCAGGAAAGCUCUGUUGGUCCACCGCGGUUAUCACCGCUGCACUCCAGAACUCGGUCGCUGCUGUAUGAGCCUAACGGCAAGCGCAACACCAUCACCAAGUUUGCCCUGGGAAUGACCGAGUUUAUGACCAAAUUCAACAACCCCGUCCACCCUCUGCACGACGACGUCACCGAGAUUCUGGGGCUGGAAGGGCUUGACAGCUCGUUGACCACCAUCAGACCUCAGCCGACACGGGCCCGCACCAACCUGAGUUUUCAAGUAAUGGACAAAUGGCUCCAGAACCUUGCUACUCCUGCACUGCCGAUGAAGACUCAGGAGAACUCCGCCAAACCCUCGGUGAGCGAGCUCACACGUUUCCGGGGUACCGACUUCGAGCUGUUGCUGAUAGCUGAUUUGAAGGCGAUGAAACGGUACUACGACUUCAUGUGUGGCGAGCUUGCCGUGGACGAGUCCGCCGAAGAUCUCGGUGUAUAA